GGAAGAAAGAAAGGAGAGAGAGGCCUCGAAGCGAGCCGAGCACUCGCAGGCAGGGCCCCGGGUUUUUAAAUACUCCGGCUCUUAAUUCGCAUCGGUUAUUGCUCCUCCUCCUAGCUACCACCACAGUGUACUGUACGUACUCCUCCCAGUACUCGUACACAUACAUACAACGGGCCAACGUACGCAAAUCCAAGAGCGCGAGGUCUCGGGAGUUAAGGAGAGAGAUGAGCAAUGGGGGUCCUGGAUCCUGAAUCCGAGAAGUUUAGCGAGGAAAAGAAGAGACGACGCUGAUUUUCAUUUGAUUUCUUCUCCUCUGGCUUAAUAAGCCACUCGACCUCGUCCUCUUCCCUGAGCUGUAUGUUUACUGCUUCUGCUUCGCCAGGACCAGAGCUUACAUUACUGCUCUCGUAGCAGCAGUACAGACUACUACAGCGCAACCCCAGCGCGCGCUCCCGUUGUUGUUGCUUCGCGAGGCCGGCUAUAUAGCGCCUAGGAGUAAGGAAGUGGUACUAGCACUAGCCUUCCGUCGAUCCAUCGUAGUAGUUGUAGGAUAGUAGCACCGGUUUAAUACUGGAUCGGGUAGUCUUCUCUGGCGGCGAGAAGCCACAUUCUUGAUUCUUUCCCCCGGAUCGAUCGCUCACCAUAUACGCUCCAAAUUAAGGUGCUCCUCCUGGAGAUCGAGGCGCCGGCCGGCUGAUCGGGGUGCUCAAUUCCGUGCGGCCGCGAAAGAUGGAGUACGGCGACGACCUGGCCGUGGCGGCGGGCUCCGACGCCGCCGUCGCCCAGCGCCGGAAGAAGAGAUACCACCGCCACACCCCGCGCCAGAUUCAGCAGCUCGAGGCGACGUUCAAGGAGUGCCCGCACCCGGACGAGAACCAGAGGAUGCAUCUGAGCCGGGAGCUGGGGCUGGAGCCCCGGCAGAUCAAGUUCUGGUUCCAGAACCGCCGGACGCAGAUGAAGGCGCAGCACGAGCGUGCUGACAACUGCUUCCUGCGCGCGGAGAACGACAAGAUCCGGUGCGAGAACAUCGCCAUGCGUGAGGCCCUCAAGAACGUCAUCUGCCCCACCUGCGGCGGGCCUCACACCAACGACGACUACUUCGACGAGCACAAGCUCCGCAUGGAGAAUGCCCACCUCAAAGAAGAGCUUGACAGGGUGUCGAGCCUGACGUCCAAGUACCUGGGCCGCCCCAUCACGCAGCUCCCGUCGUCGAUGCAGCAGUCCUUGUCCAUGUCGUCACUGGACCUGUCCAUGGGCGCCGCCGCAGCGGCCAUGGGCGGCCCGUCGCUGGACCUGGACCUCCUCAGCGGCGGCGGCUCGUCGUCUGGGAUGCCGGCGGCGUUCCAACCCGUCUCGGACAUGGAGCGGCCCAUGAUGGCCGACAUGGCCACCAGGGCCAUGGACGAGCUCAUCCGGCUCGCGCAGGCCGGCGACCACGUCUGGGCCAAGGCCGACAACGGCGGAUGCUGCCGGGAGGUGCUCAGUGUCGACGCCUACGACACCGUCUUCGGCAAGCCCGGCGGCAGCCGCGGGCCUGAUGUGCACGUCGAGGGCUCCCGCGACUCCUGCCUCGUGCUCUUGCCCGCCCACGCCCUCGUCGACAUCUUCAUGGACUCGAGCAAAUGGGCGGACUUCUUCCCCACCAUCGUGGCCAAGGCGCGCACGGUGGACGUCCUCGUCAGCGGCAUGGCCGGCCGGAGCGAGUCUUUGGUUCUGAUGCAGGAGGAGCUGCACGUGAUGACGCCGGUGGUGCCGACGCGGGAGCUGUGCUUCCUGCGCUACUGCCGGCAGAUCGAGCAAGGGCUGUGGGCGGUCGCGGACGUGUCCGUGGACCUGCUGCAGCAGCGCGACCACGCCGCCGCGUCCCGGUACUACGGCGCGCCACCGCAAGCCCGCGCGCGGAAGCUCCCGUCCGGAUGCCUCAUCGCCGACAUGUCCAACGGAUACUCCAAGGUCACCUGGGUGGAACACAUGGAGACCACGGAGGGCGACAACAAGAACCCCAUCAACCCGCUCUACCGCGACCUCGUCCUCAGCGGCGCGGCAUUCGGCGCGCACCGGUGGCUCGCGGCGCUCCAAAGGGCUUGCGACCGCCACGCGUGUCUCGUCGCCGCCUCGAUGCCGCACCGCGACAUCGCCGCCGGAGUGACGGCGGAAGGGAAGAGGAGCAUGAUGAGGCUGUCGGAGCGGAUGGUGAGCAGCUUCUGCGGGAGCCUGAGCGCGUCGCAGGCGCACCGGUGGACGACGCUUUCGGGCCCGGGGUCGAGCGGCGGCGGCGGCGACGACGUCGGGGUGCGCGUCAUGGUGCACCGGAGCACGGACCCGGGGCAGCCCAACGGCGUCGUGCUCAGCGCCGCCACAUCCAUCUGGCUCCCCGUCCCCUGCGACCGCGUCUACGCCUUCGUCCGCGACGAGAACACACGAUCCCAGUGGGACGUGCUGUCGCACGGGAACCCGGUCCAGGAGGUGUCGCGCAUCCCCAACGGCUCGCACCCGGCCGCGAGCUCCAUCUCCUUGCUCAGAGGCCUGAACGCGAGCCAGAACAGCAUGCUGAUCCUGCAGGAGAGCAGCACGGACGCGACGGGGUCGCAGGUGGUGUACGCGCCGAUCGACCUCCCGGCGGCCAACGUGGUGAUGAGCGGCGAGGACCCGUCGGCGAUCCCGCUGCUUCCCUCGGGGUUCACCAUCCUCCCCGACGGCAGCGGCGGCCCCGGCUCGGGGUCGCUCGUCACCGUGGCGUUCCAGAUCCUCGUCAGCAGCCUGCCGUCGUCCAGGCUCAACGAGGAGUCCGUCGCCACCGUCAACAGCCUCAUCGGCACCACCGUCGAGCAAAUCAAGGCCGCCUUGAAUUGCUCCACCACCACCCAUUGAUUUGAGUUCCCCAUCCCUGCAUGCAUGCACGCACAAGUGAAUUCUCCCCCACAAUGCAUUCAUGCGUCCAGAGUUUUUGGUUGGUUUGAAAGCCUUGAAUGCUCUAGAUCUCUCCAUCUCUCUUCUCUCCCAUCCCCUUGCAUCGCACCUACGAAAGCUAGAUCUGCGUGGUGUCCCUCGCUUGGGGUUCAUCCGCUGCCGCCGCCGCCUGCAUGCAGUUUGAUCCAUCCAUCCGUCCAUCCAUCUAUGCCCAAUUCGAUCCCCUCCCUCAGCCGGUCCACACUUCUUCUUCUUCUUCUUCCUAUCUCGUUUAGGUGUCUACUCCGCUAUGAUGAUCUCUUCAUUUGCAGGGUCCAAGUCUCGUCACGUUUGGUUAUUUGGAGUUUGCUUGCCAAGCAUGCAUAUCUUUCUAUCUCUACUACUCGUAAUCGCCAUGCAUGGAGGCUUUGCAUGAACCCGAAGGAGUCAAGAACGCACCAUGCCUGUCCCGUUCCUCUUUUGCUGCAUGCUUCUUCUGAUAUAAUCGCCACUCUUUUACUAGUAACUCUUGCUCCCGCUUCACUACCGUAGUUGUCGUUGCAGCAGAGAGGAGAUGAAUGGUAUGGUUCGGGUAUUGACUUCUGUCCCAUCAAUGUAAAAGCCUUCAAUGAACAUUCAAUUUUUUUCCCCAAAGGAGUGCUGUAUGUACGUAAGGCUGGAGGAGCCAGUGUGCAUUGUUCACUUUCUUUACUUUCUUUCUCGGUUCAGUUCGCUGCUAGCUUGUUUAAUUGGCCUGUGGAACCUCUCUCAUCAUUGCUUA